AUGGAUUAUGCAAAUCAAACCCUUAUGAAUGAGUUUUUAUUCAUGGGCUUAACAAAUUGCUUCCAGUACCAGGUUAUUCUCUUUGUGAUAUUUCUCUUGGUUUAUCUUGUCACUUUUCUGGAAAACUUGGGGUUGAUCACCCUAAUUUGGAUAGAUUCCCGACUCCACACCCCCAUGUAUUUUUUUCUCAGUCACUUGUCCUUUGUGGACGUGUGCUCCUCUUCUGUCGCUGGUCCCAAGAUGCUGACUGACAUCUUCAUGGAGAAAAAAGUCAUCUCUUUCUUUGGCUGUGCUGCCCAGUUAUGGACUAUUUGUCUAUUUUUAGUGACUGGAUCUUUCCUCCUGGCUUCCAUGGCAUAUGACCGGUAUGUGGCUAUUUGUAAGCCCUUAUUUUAUAUACUCAUUAUGUCCCAGCGGGUCUGUGUGCAGCUGGUGGUAGGCCCAUAUAUGAUGGGUCUUAUAGCCGCUGUGACCCAUACGGUGUUCACUUUUAGACUCCCUUACUGUGGUCCAAAAAUCAUCAAUCACUUCUUCUGUGACCUUAUUCCGCUUCUCUCUCUGGCAUGUGCAGACACCCAGGUCAAUAAGCUUUUGCUUUUCAUUAUUGGUGGAUUUACAGGAGUACUCAGUGGUGUGAUCAUUGUGGUCUCCUACAUGUAUGUCCUCAUCGCUGUCCUGAAGAUCCGCUCUGCUGAUGGGAGGCGCAGAGCUUUCUCUACCUGCUCUUCUCACCUGACAGUUGUCUCCAUCUUUUAUGGGACACUCUUCUUUACCUACAUACGUCCAAAUUCUACUUCCUCCCUGGACAUCAAUAAAGUGGUGUCUGUGUUUUAUACAGCUGUGAUUCCCAUGUUAAACCCACUUAUCUACAGCCUGAGAAACAAGGAUGUCAAGGAUUCAUUCAGAAGGAUGUUUGAAAGGAAGAAGUUCCUGAUGAGCAGGUGA